AUGGCCCUUUCGAUGCAAUCCGCUUUAGCUGGCAAGCAAAUUACCGUAAACAAGGUUUCCUCCAAACGUUCGGUCAACAAGACGGUCGUCCAAGCGUCCAACUUGUCGGAAAAGCUCUCCAAGGCGGCCGUCACUGCGGCCACCACCGCCGCGUUGUUCGCAUCGGUACGUUUCUUUUUUCUUUGCUCUUUUGGUCUCGUUUUACGAAGGGUGGUUUUAAACAACGGGGAUAAAAAAACACUUCGCGCUUUUGAAGAAGAAGAAGAAGAGUCUGCGCAAGCGGUCACGUACGAUGAGUUGCAAGGCUUGACGUAUUUGCAAGUCAAAGGUACCGGUUUGGCGAACACGUGCCCGGUUGUCGAAAGCGGCUCCGGCCCGAAGGCGUUGAAGGCUGGCGACUACAAGUUUGACAAGUUUUGCGUCGAACCGACUUCGUUUACGGUGAAGGAAGAAAAGGCGGACGGUUCCACCGAGUUUGCCAAGACGAAGUUGAUGACUCGUUUGACCUACACUUUGGACGCCAUGUCUGGCGACUUCAAGGUUGGCUCUGACGGUUCGGUCAACGUCGUCGAGAAGGACGGCAUCGACUACGCGCCGACCACGGUCCAAUUGGCUGGGGGCGAACGUGUUCCGUUCUUGUUCACCUUGAAGGAGUUGCAAGCGAAGGGUAACACCUCCCAAUUCGGCGGUGACUUCGUUGUCGCUUCGUACAGAGGUUCGUCCUUCCUUGACCCGAAGGGUAGAGGUGGCUCCACUGGUUACGAUAACGCCGUCGCGUUGCCGGCCAGAUCUGACGCCGAUGACUUACAAAAGGAAAACAACAAGAACGUCGCCGCGUUGAAGGGUAGUGCCGUCUUCAACGUCGCGAAGUACGACGAAACUACUGGGGAGAUUGCCGGCGUGUUUGAAUCCAUCCAACCGUCUGACACUGAUUUGGGCUCCAAGGCGCCGAAGGAUGUCAAGAUCACCGGUUUGUGGUACAUGCAAUUGCAAUAA